AUGCUUGCGAGUGAAAUACUGGCCUUGAUCGUCCAAAGAGUUGAGGAAAGGACAGAUGGUUUUGACAAGCCUCUGUGUGGUAAAACUGUUAGAGAGGUCUGUAAACCCAUUCCAAACGAUCAACCUUUACCUAGACGUGUUCCACGCUUUUCAGCCAGAUUUUUCACUGAACGUGUUGAUGAUUAUUGGGAUAAUAAAAUCCCAUUUGAUGUUAUCACGUUAAAGGGAGCAAGCAACUACCAAGAAUGGCGUGUUAGCUGGGACAAUCACAUUGAGGCCUUGAUUCGUCAUCUUGGUGAAUUCAUUUUACACUACCAUAAUCAAUUCAAAGAUGCUUCUAGCGAAGCUGUUGAUUACAACAGAUACAGGAAAGCAUCCCCCAAGGAGUUGAGCGAAGCCUGUAGCUUGGCUGAUUACUUCUUGAGAGGCGAGAUUAAUAGAAGCUUUGAUAUUGUAGUUUAUGUGGAUGUAGGUAAGAUGGAAGAUUUCUGCUAUCACGAAAUUCUCAGCCAAGACCAAUUGAUUGAAAAGAAGGAUCCCCACAUAUUAAAAGCGGUCGAAGCUUACUCCUACCUGAAACGAGUGAACAUCAUCGGAACCUUCGAGUCAAGGCAAGAACAUCACUCUAUAUAUAAACCCGAUUGGGUCGUCAGAGUUAUUGGUGAUAGUGUGGAUGUCACCGAAUACGACAUUGAAAAAGUAGCCAAAGUCUUCGAGGAAGUGGAGGAGAAAAACCUCAGGAAAACCUAUGAAGAAGCAGCUGAUGCAAAAAGACCUAUUUCCAAGUGGCAGAUGGCGAUCGAAAGGAGAGUGAGGGAGAUAUGUUUUUCAGUUCUAGGGGCACCAAUACCAGACGACAUUUCGGAUUAUUAA